AUGGCAGAAGCAGGGCCUUCUAGUGCCACUCUGGUCAGCGCGCCAUUCCACCAUGUAGCAACAGCUCACAGCUCCGACCUCACCGUCUUCCUUUCUGCGAACUCGGUCCAGCUCGUCGAUGGCCAGACUGACGGUAGCUACAAGACCUACGCCAUCCCUACAACCGUCUUUGUGCCGCAACCUACGCUUCCCGACCAGUCAGACGCUGCACGGUACGCCGACCAGCCUCACAUCAGCUUCGCUCGCCUUGCUAGCUUCUCGCACUCAGACCGAUUUCUCGCCCUCACUGGAGACGACAAGGUUCUUCGAGUAUGGAAGCUCGAACGCGCCGCAGACAACAGCAUCACAGGCUUCGAGUUUGGCAAAGAGAUUGUGAUCAAACUUCUGCCCAAGAGAGCUGCCAUCCUCCACUGGUUGCCUCGUAGUGAUGCUACACCCCAAGGAUCCGAGGAAUUGAUUGUCGUUGACCGUUUCGGCGAUGUCCGCAGCUUCCUGGUCAACGAAGACGACGUCCGAACACUCCCCUCCGCCUCGAAGGAUGGAGCGCAGGCUGACGAGCAAGAUCAGAUCGACUCACCUGACGACGCUUCCAUGCAGAUCCUUCUCGGACAUGUCAGCAUGAUCACCAGCCUUGCCUUUGUUCCCGGUGCCAAGCCCACUGCGCCGCCAAAGUACAUCAUCACCGGCGACCGCGACGAGCACAUUCGAGUCUCAUGGUGGCGGUCCAAGCGGCUCGCCUAUGUCAUUGACCGGUACCUUCAAGGGUCCGAGUCUUUCGUUGGAGCUCUUGCUCUCAUUUCCGAUGCUGAUGGCGCAUUGCGUUUGGUCACCUCCGAAGGCGGUCGCUCGUUGAGAGUCUGGAAGCUGCCACAACCCUCUGAACGCUCGAGCUCUUCGGCCGACACAUCAGCCGACACAUCAUCCGACAACGCAUGCAUUUCCAUCAACGACCUGGAAUCGGCCUUGGCACCUUAUGUCCUCGCACGCGAUCGAGAGGAGAGGAAACGAGAGUCCAAAGCGCUCCAGGCAUCAAGCAAGCGUAACAAGACUGCCAAGCGCAAACAGGAUCAGCGCGGUGGGGAUGGCAAGGAAGGCGAACAGGUUAAAGUCAAGCCUCUUGCCUCGCAGUAUUCCAAGGACAGCAAGCCGAGCGUAGUCAUUAGCGAUCUGAUUCCAUUCAGUGAUGCAGAGGGCAAAGCAUGGCUCUUGGUGGUCGUCGAAGGUGCCACUGCCUUCUUCCACGUCCCUGUCAGUGCACUCUUGGCACCUUUGUCAUCAGGAGAAGACAAGGUACGCGACAUCUCUGAGCAAGUCCGAGUCACUCGCGCUUCUGUUCCGGUCUUACACCUUGCACUUUCUCAACGACCCGCCACCGUCAGCACUUCCGUCAUUGCCACUUUCGACACGCGUUCAGAAUUCCGACCGGAAGGGCCGACAGAGAAGGCGGAGGUGGAAGUUGGUAUCUUCACCCUCACUGCAUCGGCUCAUUUCGAGCGGGAAGCCAAGUCUGCUCGUGUUGAAGCACUUUUGCCUGCAACUCUACCAAAGUCAGAAGCCUACCAAGAGACACCAAGAGCGCUUUUGGAUCCCUCCGUUGUCGAGCACCUCAGUCUCUACCCUGCUCUCACCACAUGGCCCAAGGUCGAGGUGCCGUCAUCCGCCGAGAUCAUCGCGACACGUUCCUCACGCAAGGGCCGUUUCAACCACCCACUCGACACUUCUCUCAUUGGUGUCGCCGAGGUCAACGAGACAAAGCCAUCCAAUGCAUCCUCAAACCCAAAGGGUGACGAUGAACAGCGUCAAAAGCUCGUCAAGACCAUGCAGGGUGGCAAGCGUGAGCGCGGUAGAGAACGCAACAGGGAAGCCAUCCGUCUUGCGCAGCAACAGGCUUCGGCUCAGGAACAAGCACAGUAA